AUGGGUAUUGCUAUAUAUGCUAGUACUAUGGGAUGUGGACGGCCUCCUAAGGAGCAAUACGAAGCGAGCCAGAUCAACGCAAAGUUGAUCUAUGGCCAGGCCAAGGCGUCGAGCAAAGGGAUGGCCUAUAGACCUCAGGUCUUGUUCCUGCCUCUUGUCCCCAGGCUUGGGACUGGUUAUGAAGAGUCACUGAAGGGCACCAUUGCCGUGUGA